ACUUGAUAUGUGAAGAGAGGGAGAAUCCAGAGUGAGAAGUUAAAGGAGCAAUCCAAGUACAGAAAGUAUAAAACGCAAACAAAAUAUCCGUAACAUAUUAAGCUUUAAAACGAAAAGUGGCUGCCUAUCUGACUCUCCUGAUAUCCACUUUUUUUGCGGCUUCCUUUCUCUAUUUAAGCGGGUUUCUUCCAACAUUUUGUACUUUUCCUUGAUCUUCAAAUCCACCGUUCCUCUGCGCAUCAAAAAGAUUGUCACUUUCUAUUACCCGGCUCUCAAACACUCUCGCUCUCGGCUCUAUGCUCAGAUCGAACAAUUGCUUCUUCACUGACUACGGUUAGGGUCGGGGGGAUUUUUACGUGUACAUCUCUUUCUCGUUCCCUCUAUCUUUCAUCCACCUUCUUGCUUCUCAUUCUUCACUGGGCUUUUUCUUUUUCUUUUUUUCUUAAACUUCCUAAGCUGGGUCUGGGAACCUCUCUGUUCUUUCUUUUCUGAUUAAUAUUAUUUUUCUGACUAGAGGAUCAGAGUUGAACUGAAUGUCGGUUUUCACGUUCGUUCUUGAUUUAUCGGCUUCUUGUUUAUUUUUCUAUACGUUUGAACAAAGCCUGCAUUUGAAAAAUUCUAUGUCAAUAUUGGUGAAUUCCGGUAUUUGAAACGAGCUCCUAUGGACUAUCUUGGCGUUUCCUAUCGUCUUUAUUUUUUUUUAACUUUCUAAAAUAAUUUCCGCUUCAAAUUUAUCUUGCUGUUUUGGAUUGAGUGAGUUUUCUAGGGUUCUGGGGUUUUGAAAAUUAUCAGUGGCUGAUGCCAAUCAUUUGAGCUCUGCAACUCCUGCAGUCUUCAAUAUUUCAGGAAUAUCUGAGGAGAGAUGAUGGGCACAGUGAACAAGAGUGAGAGCUCAAAAAAGUCAAAGGGUAGGCGAGAUUUGGAAUCAGUUGAAGAAGCUAAAGCUGAAGGAGAUUUGGAAGGAGUUCCAUUGAAGAAAGGCCCUUGGACAUCAGCGGAAGAUGCAAUUUUGGUGGAAUAUGUUGAAAAGUAUGGAGAGGGGAACUGGAAUGCUGUACAGAAGCACUCAGGACUUUCCCGGUGUGGGAAAAGCUGCCGUCUACGAUGGGCGAAUCACCUAAGACCAGAUUUGAAGAAGGGUGCAUUCACUCCUGAGGAAGAGCGCCGUAUCAUUGAAAUGCAUGCUAAGAUGGGAAACAAAUGGGCUCGAAUGGCUGGAGAGCAGCUGCCUGGUCGUACGGAUAAUGAGAUAAAGAACUACUGGAAUACAAGAAUUAAGAGACUACAACGAUCCGGUACACCAAUUUAUCCACCUGACGUGUGUUCUGUGGUAAUGAGUGGUAGUGAAGACAAUAAUCACAAUGGGAUGUUGACCACCGGGGACGCACAGCAUCAUGAUCACUUGCAGGGAGAUAAUUUUGAGAUUCCAGUUGUAGAACUCAGUAAUUUAUUCGAUCAUGGGUAUCUCUCCUACACCCCAAAGCUUCUUGAUAUACAUGCGAGCAGCAUGCUCCAACAAGGUGUUAGUUCAUCCGAUAAUUAUGACUUGCUGUUCCAAACAAGGCAUCCCCCCAGAUGCCUUCAAGAGUCAGAGGCGCUGUUACCUGGUCUGGAUGGCAGUGUCAGCAGUGCUAUCCCAGUCUUCAAUCACUGUGUGGAUUAUACUUGUGAUCGGAAGGCUGCCAAAUCCUUUAACUUGCCGCUUUCAUUUGAUCCAGAUCUUGACACCAGUAACCAGUUACCAUUAGGUGUUCCUUCUGGCAGCCAUGCCCUUUUAAAUGGCAAUUCUUCUUCUUCCGAGCCCAUAUCCGUGGCUAUGAAGUUGGAGCUCCCUUCACUCCAAUAUUCAGAAACUCGACUGGGUAGCUGGGGCAAGCCUGCUUCCCCACUUCCUUUACUCGAGUCUGUUGAUACUUUGAUCCAGUCUCCUCCGACAGAGCAGACCCAUUCAGGUUUUCUCUCACCAAGGAGCAAUGGUCUGUUGGAAGCAAUAGUCUAUCAGUCACGUACUCUGAAAGAAUCGAGGAAGAAUCCACCCCAAAAAAGUUUGGAUACUUCUGUUAUGCCAGGAGAUGUGGUGAAAGGUUUGUCCACCAAUCCAUGUGAGACAUAUGGUGACCCAAAUUCACCUUUGGGCCAUUCUACUGCAUCAGUAUGCAGCGAGUAUACUCCUGUCGGUGGAAGCUCAAGGGAUGAAUGCCAAUCAAUUGAAACCAUGCUGCGUGAGAAUGUAGUGAUGCUAUGUCUGAAACGUUCAAUCAGGAUCCAAGUCAUUACGUCGUAAAGAAAGACAAUUCAAAUCAGAGAAACUUUAUAAGGCCUGAUGUUUUACUUGACCUGGGUUGGUUUGGGAAUAGUAAUCAGCAUCGUUAAAGAUCAGUUCAUGCAGAUGCUGUAUUAUGCACUUUUUAGUGAAGAAUUCAGCAAUGGCUACUCCCAGAUAAGGCACUGUGACUAUUACGUUCUUAACACGACUUGGAUCUUGUGCAUGCAUGAGAUAAAAAUCUAAUGAAGAUCGUUGAAAUCGUCAGGGAUCUUCUGUAGCCUGCUUGUUAUAAUUUGUGCUUUGGUGCUGAUCUUGGAAGAUUUAGUUUCAGGGGCAGAAGAAUAUUUCCACCAAAGAGGAGUGCGAAAUUAUUUUAUCCUAGGCGUAUUGAUCAGAAUUAAUGGUGUUGAUCUUCAAUGGUUAUUAUUGUCUCGUUGUUUACUUGUGAUCAUUUGCUUUUAUUUGUAAGAGAUACUGUGGAGAAGAAAUUCAAUCACAUUAUGAAAUAUGGGUAAUGGUCAAAUUUGAUGGCUUUAUCCUUCUUGUUUGGUCCUUUGAAA